CUAGGAGACAUUUGUGUGCGUCUCAGGGAAAGAGAGAGAGAGAGAGAGAGAUUGAGGGAGUGAGAAAGAGAGGGAGGGAGAGAGAGAGAGAGGGAGAGAGGGAGGGAGGGAUAGAGCUGGCUAAAUGAGUGUAGACCUCUCUAGCUGAUCCGGGAGGUGGUUUUGCUACUUAGCCCGUCAUGUGAUUGCCCUGGGCUUGUUAUCCUUCGGGUUUUCUUAUUAUUAUUUUUGUUGUUAACUUGAUUUUCAGAAGCAGCCUACCUACCAGCGCAGAGAAGGCAAGUAGAAUAGGACUUGUAAUCAAAUACCGGUGGUGCGUUUGUUUAGUAGGGUAGGCUGGGGGCUUCUGCAGGGUGGUGGACCCGAACACAAGCUUCCUGUGGAGACUCACUACCAUCUAGCAGAGACGACAGCGGAACACCUUUAAUACUUGUUUGGAGACGUCCAGAGAAGGAGUUCUCUCUCUUCACCUGGGUCGUUGCUGCUGGUUCUUCUUUUCAGUCCUUCUACAAAGAAGAGGAUUUCAAGGAAUAUAAUAUAUGCCACAGAUUAAAAGUCUGCCGGCUCUGUCAGUGAAAGUGUUUGGGAAUAGGGAGAACACUCGAGGAGAAGGAGAGAGCGAUCAUUCUUAUUCUCCCUUCUGUGGAUACAAACAGGAGAGGAACGGGCAAGUCAACAUGCCAUUCAGUUUGAGCAUUUACACAUUUAGCCAAGCAAACUAAUGUGAAUUCGGUGAAUGCAAUCGGACCUCACUGUGUUGCCCUUCGCAGCUGCCGGUGUUAGUCACGUCGCUGCUGGCCCGUUUCAUGGCUCUCAAACUGGCCUAAAAACAGGUCUAAAAUGCUGGGUUAACAAUGGGGUCUACGAACCACUGAAGAGCCUCUGACAAAGGAACAAGGGAAACAAGAGGAAAGGAGAGGAGAAAAGGAGAGAGAGAAAUCAAAGGAGAGGGGACUCAGAGAGAGAGAGAGAGAGAGAGAGAGAGAGAAGGAGCCCCUAUUGAAAAGAAAAGCGGAGGUUGGGUCGGGUAGGAUCAGCUUUGUGUCUGUCGGUGUGUGGUUGGGUUGCAUGCUGUCCUCUCCAGGGGACAUCCUCCUUUCUGUGAGAGAUAGUUAACAAAAGACAAAGAAUGCCCAAUAAACAGAGAGGAGAGUGUCGAGAGGCGGAGGAGGCUAGAGCGGAGAUGCCUGGUCUGGGGAGCUUAGCUGUGGGUUGCAGGGCUAGUGUGUUGCUGCUACUGGCUCUCAUGGUAACUCUGGCUCAAGGAGCCUGGCCUCUGGAUCAAUCCCAGGGACAGGUGGAGGUGCUGGGGGACAUGAUGGUGGACGGACCCGGGGAGCUGGAGGCCUCCAUGCACUCCUCCAUACUGUCAGACUUCCAGGCGGUGGAGGCCUUGGAGCCGGUGGCGGAUGCAGUUCAGCAGUCUGCAGUAGGAGCAAGGGGAGUGUCAGGGUUCCCUGACUCGUCUGCUGUGGUUGGCCGGGUGUUUCAGAUGAAGGUUCCGGUGAAGACGGACCAUUCCAGGAACAUGGUGAAGAUAACUGAGUCAGGCAAGGAGACGUUACCAACAUGGCUGCACUGGGACUGGGAGAGAAACGUCCUACAGGGUCUACCACUGGGUGAGGACAAGGGUGUCCACUAUAUCUCCGUCUCCGCAUCCAAUGGCAGCCAGGAUAUCUUCUCCAUCGAGGUGCACCCAGAGGAACACGCUGACACUGACCCGAUCCAGGUAGCCAUUCAGUCAGCGUCCAACAACUCCAACAACGAGGUAGAGCCAUUCGUCUGUGGCAACGAGGAGCCGGUGACGGUGCUCACAGUGAUUCUGGAUGCCGACCUGACCAAGAUGAGCUCCAGACAGAGGGUGGAGCUGCUGGGCAAGAUGAAGAAGUUCUCUGGCGUGGCGCUCCAACACAUGAAGAUACUUCCCGUGGUCAACAACAGAUUGUUCGAUAUGUCCGCCUUCAUGGCCGGACCAGGAAAUGCCAAAAAGGUGGUGGAGAACGGAGCCCUGUUAUCCUGGAAGCUGGGCUGUUCCCUGGACCAGAGUAACGUCCCUAAUAUUAGUAGCGUCCAGGCGCCGGCUAAAGAGGGCACUAUGUCGGCUCAGUUGGGAUAUCCGGUCGUCGGUUGGCACAUCGCCAACAAGAAGCCUCAUAUCCCAAAACGGGUGAGGCGCCAGCUCAACAAUACCCCUACUCCUGUUCUAGCUCUGCUUCCCCCAACGUCUGUCGUCGAGCCCCCUGUUCGCAUUGUACCCACCCUAUCGUCACCUGCCAUUGCUGCCCCCACAGACAGCUCUGCCCCACCCAUGAGAGGGCCUGUGCCCUUGCCCAUGAAGCCCACGAUCCGUGUCAGAGACUCUUAUUCUCACACUCCCACUCAGGGUGCACCCCUGCCAACCAGAGUGAUGGAGUCCACUAGUACCAUCUCCAUUGAACCCACCAUGUCCAGGCAUACUGUUGUGGAAGCCACGCCGACACUCCCUCCACCCAUCACAGUCGCCACCAGAAAGCCAACCAAGAAACCAAAGAGACCGAAGACCACUCCGAUGCCAAGGGAGCCCAAGACCACCACAGCCAAACCAGCCAGGCGCACUACCCCGUCGUCCAUCGUGCCUGACCCAAGAAACGAGAAACCAGAUCUCCGCAACCCCAUCGAUCAGGUCAAUGCCUUCGUGGGCACAUAUUUUGAAGUGAAAAUCCCAUCCGAUACUUUCUUUGACAAGGAGGACGGUACGACAGACAAGCUGAGGUUGACAUUGAGGAUGAACCACAACGAAGUGGUCGGAGAUGAUUCCUGGAUACAAUUUAAUAGCACAAGUCAGCUGCUGUACGGUCUACCUGACUCAAACCACAUCGGGAAGCACGAGUACUUCAUGCAGGCCACCGAUAAGGGUGGUCUGAACGCAAUCGAUGCCUUUGAGGUCCGUGUGAACCGCUGGGCUUCCAACGAUAAGUCCCCGGUCUUGUUCCAGGCUCGCUUCCACGGGGAACCUCACCAGGUGACCAACGACAUCCACAAGAAGAUUUUGCUCAUCAAGAAACUGGCGUACUCGUUCGGGGACCGCAACAGCAGCACGGUCACCCUGAGGAACAUCACCAAGGGAUCCAUCAUGGUGGAGUGGACCAACAACAGCCUCCAGCAGAACCCCUGUCCCAAGGAGAAGAUCCAGACCAUGUCCAGGAGGAUCUCUGACGCCCAGGGAAGGCCCUCCCAGACAUUCAUCUCCACCAUGGAGCCUGAAUUCAAACCCAUCGACAUCAAGGUCAAAGGGACAGCCGCCUGCCGGAACUACAUGUUCGUGCCGCCGAGUGAAAUCACCAUUCCUAUACCCCCGGCCGUCACCCCGGCACUCGGCGCCGGACGCCAGAGCACGGACGACGUCUACCUUCACACGGUCAUCCCUGCGGUAGUGGUGGCGGCCAUCUUGCUGAUCGCCGGCAUCAUCGCCAUGAUCUGCUACCGUAAAAAGCGUAAGGGAAAGCUAACCAUCGAGGACCAGGCUACCUUCAUCAAGAAGGGGGUACCCAUAAUUUUCGCAGACGAGCUUGACGACUCCAAGCCCCCUCCGUCCUCCUCCAUGCCCCUCAUCCUGCAGGAGGAGAAACCCCCACUGCCCCCGCCUGAGUACCCCAACAUGACCAGUCCAGAGACCACCCCCCUGAACCAGGACCUUCUGGGGGAGUACACAGCUCUGAGGGAUGAGGAUCCCAAUGCCCCUCCCUACCAGCCUCCACCCCCUUUCACUGUCCCCAUGGAAGGUAAAGGCUCUCGUCCAAAGAACAUGACCCCCUACAGAUCCCCACCACCUUACGUGCCACCCUAAGGUUAGCUGGCUCCUCCAGAGGAGGAGAGGGGAAGCAGGGGGGACUUGUAACCAUCUCACACCAGUGUUGUCUGUUUGGAAAUAAGGGGUGGGAGGAGGAGGGUAGAGGCUCUGCAAAGUGGCAAUGAACUUCGGACAUUUUGGGUUGGGAGGGUUUUGGGCUGAUCUGAUCAAGGCUGAGUUAAAGUUGAACGAUGGGAGGGAGGGAGAACUAGGUGGUAGCCUCGGCAACAAUAGCCACAACAAUGACACUAUUCAGUCUCUCUUCAUCUCAUUGGUUACAGCUGAACAGCUAGAUUGAGAAGACACGCCCCUCCUGUCCCAGCAGCUUUUUUCUCCAUUUGAAACUAAAUGGCCUUUUGUUUUAUUUUGUGUCUUUUGAUUCUGCUUUUCUUCUGUUUUGGACUUGACUUUAAGAUCAAACUACUUGCCUUUUUUUAAUCUUCUUUUAUCUUGAAUAAUACAAGAGGACAAUAAACAAACACACUGCAGGCAAAAAGGUUUUUAAUGAUGAGAUAGAGAGUUCUAUGAAUGAAAACAAACACAACAUAAUCAUGUUGAUCUGGGACAGCCAACCCUGCAGACAGCUAAACACAGUGGUUGAUCGAUGUGGCGGUGGCUGUUUGGAUUCAAUAAGGAAUUGCCUUUUAACACUAAUUGUAUGUUUUUACCCUUAUUCACACAAUGUCUAGUCAAGAUGAGCAUAACAAGGGUAGCCUAAAAGAAGAAUUAGAAAUUAGUAUUAAAAAAAGGUUGUUUUUUUUUAAAAACUUUAUAUCUUUAAGGUUAGAUUAGAUUAGAUAGGAUUGUUUUGGUGGUGGAGCAGAUCUCCUGACUGAAAUAGCCUGCAGGAUCUCUUUUUCCCCCAAUCAGAAAGGAACGGUACACCUAGUAGGUAGGCCUAGUCAGGGUUAGUGAACGUUAACAUGGAAGGCAAUGACAACCAGAUGGGUACCCUGGCCUGGUUAUUACCAGAUGGUUACACUGGCCUGGUUAUUACCAGAUGGGUACCCUGGCCUGGUUAUUACCAGAUGGGUACCCUGACCUGGUUAUUAUCAGAUGGGUACCCUGGCCUGGUUAUUACCAGAUGGGUACCCUGACCUGGUUAUUACCAGAUGGGUACCCUGACCUGGUUAUUAUCAGAUGGGUACCCUGGCCUGGUUAUUACCAGAUGGGUACCCUGGCCUGGUUAUUACCAGAUGGGUACCCUGACCUGGUUAUUACCAGAUGGGUACCCUGACCUGGUUAUUACCAGAUGGUUACCCUGGCCUGGUUAUGACCAGAUUUCUUGUUUUUACUUUGCCUGAGUUCCCCAAAGCCACCCAAAACACAAUUACAAUGCCCCUUUUUACUAUUCUUGUUUAAAAUGGGUUAAAAUGAGUAUCAUGAUCCGAAUAUGAUCGUAACAUUGACCAUUUGAAUGCCAGUUUGCCUUUAUGGUGAUGCGACAAGUGUCUUCUGUAAAUAACGAUGGAUCGGCCUGUGUGUAUUUUUAGUCCCCCCCCCCCCCCCCCCCCCCCAAAAAAAAAUAAUAAUAAUGUUUUUGUGUAAAUCAGAUGUGGAAAAAGCCUCCUGCAGUUUAUUUUAGACAGAGGGUAAUUUAUUUUUUUAUGUAGUGAUGAUGCUCUUGUUUUCACAGUUUAUGCGGUAAAACAGUUUAGGGCCGUUGAGAGUGAUUGAGAAUGUCCCGAAAGGGAUACAACAUGUAUUCACAACUCAAAGGUCAUUGUUGAGAGGAGGGUAGGAGAGUUAGAGAGAGAAAGAAAGAAAGAAAAUGGGAAUAUCCCAAUAACAAGAUUACCAGAAAACACAGAAAAAAAAAAUGGUUGAUAAAAUCUCUAUCUAAUUUUUUUACAACGUUUUUGAUACAGCAUCAAAUUGUUUAAAAAAAAAAUCUAGAAAUACAUGAAUAGUGUACUGCAAUUUGUAAAAUCUUAGAGUAGAGAAUUGAUUCCUUAUUAUAUACCUUUUCUCAUUGGUCACCUAUUUCAAGUGAUUUUUUUUGUUGAUUUUGCCAUGUUGUCGAAUUGAAAUGUACCUCCUGUUAUACAGUCGGAAGGACCCAUUUUAUGUAAUCACACAUUUUAUUUAAUGUUCAAAUUCUUCACUAACGACUUUGAAAGUGACCCUUUGCAAUAAUGUAAGGAGCUGCCUGGUGGUGGUGGUGGUGGUGGUGAGUGGUCAAUGCAGGUUAGAUGAGUGAUGAUGUACUACACGCAUAAUGAUGAUGAUGAUGUGCACGCAUAAUGAUGAUGAUGAUGUGCACGCAUAAUGAUGAUGAUGAUGUACACGCAUAAUGAUGAUGAUGAUGAUGUGCACGCAUAAUGAUGAUGAUGUACCUACAUAGUUUGUUUUUGCCAGAUACCAAGUGUUGCUUUUUUGAGUGUCCAUUUAUUAUGGAAGCCGACCUCUGUCUAUCUAUAUCCAGAUAAUUCUUCCUUCUUCACACGUUUGAAAUUCUAAUCCAACAAGUUCCCAUAGUAUUGGAAUGAAUGAAUCAUCAAUAUAUAUAUAUAACAGAGUGGAUUAUGAUGGUAUAUCUCGCUUGGUAUGUUGCCGUACAUUAUAAUAUAGAGAUUUAUUUUUUAUUGAUGAGCUUCGGUUAUAAUUGGUUUUCUAAUGCUUCCCCAUAUUGAUGAGUCAGUAUGUGUACGUCCGUAGAGGUUUCAUUAAGGAGUGUAUCCCAUCUCUCUAAUCUGUCAGCCAUUUUGAGACUCCCUGAUUCCUGUCACAAUAACUGGCUCGUAAUUCUAAAAACCGGUAUUAUUAAUCUGACCAGAUGACACAUUGUGAUCUGGAAACGUUCUAAAAGGUUAACAUGUUCGUAGAUCUCCUUUCAGUUCAAUGCCUCCAUCACACUCACCUUCAUGAAAUACAGAUGGAGUUUAUUGGUUAUAUGUAAAGAACUUGCUGCCCCCCCCCCCGCGCGUCCACAGAUCAUGUCGCCACUUCAGCUCUAUUGAUUUCCGACGAGGAACAAACUGCAAUAAUAGUCCUAGAUGGUUUAUCCCAAUAGGGUUGUUAGUUAGUCACAUAAGAAAUAUAUAGUUACUUAUGACAGUUACUGAGAUUGAUGAAGAUUUGAUCCACGUUUUGAGGUGAGAUUCAUAGAACAAUAGGUAAGUAGAUAGUACAAGGACAGGGUUUUGUUGUUGUUGUGGUUGUUGGUUUGCGUAUAUUUUUUAAGCGGCGUAGUCAUUUCAGCAUUAAAGCUCAAUUCAUUCAUUACGCUAGCGAAGAAUCGGGCUUAGUUACACUGAUCCUGAUUUAAGAUAAGUACGUGUGAAUCGUACACGUUGUGUUAAAAUCGUAAGGGAACGUGUUCGUGACGUGUGUUUCUCAAAUUCGGAUUUAUUCCCAUUUGACUCCAAUUAAGAGGAGAUGAUGAUCUGAUUUGUGCGAAGCUUAACGGAGAAGAAUCCAAACGAUGCAAAAAAAAAUAAAAUGUAAUAGCAGUCAUUCAUUUGUAACUGAUUCAAAUGCCUUGUUGACAGAAUAUCUUAUCUGUUGGGCUUCAUUUCAAGUUACAUUUCAGCGUUACAUUUCAGAUAUUAGCAAACGGUUAUUGCGAAAGAUAUGGAAUCAACAACAAAAACACAUUGUUCUAUUUUUUUAGAACACGAUAGCUGUCCUGAAGGAUAAACAUUCAGGUGUAGCAAACUUUUACGUUUUGUUCGAGUUUACCCUCCAUCUCAUUUAGCUUUUCUGUGUUUCCGUGUUGUUCAUUUUAUUUCAUUAGAUUUCCUUCUUUCUUUUUUUGCCCAUUUGAAAUGUAGAGAUUGGUGUGUGUGUGUGUGUGUGUGUGUGUGUGUGUGUGUGUGUGUGUGUGUGUGUGUCAAAUCAAAAUCAGUCUUAGAAAUGAAUUUCUUCAUAUGCAGCAAGAAGGACUGACUGAAAGCAUCCCGAAAGACCCCUUCAAGGUGCAUAUUUUAGUAUAUUAUUUUGUUCGCUAUAGAGAAUGUUUUCUUCAUUUAGUUUUUACAUUCAUGAGUGAAUUAGUACUUACAAUUGGAAUAUUGAUGAUAGUAACAAUAGUGAUAGUGAUGAUUAUAAUAAUUACAAGAAUAAUAUGGUUAUCAUAAUGCUUUCAGGGGGACAUUAUACACUGUUUGUCCUUCAUUUUUGUCUUUUUUUUAAUUGAAAUACCUGUUUCCCCCACCGCGUUCCCAAUAAAAAUGGGACUCCUCUGGUUCGCAAACAAAAUGGUUGCCAAAGUACAGCGCAGUGAAAGUUAUUUGGCUUGUCUUAACACACGUAUCAGACAGACGUUCAAUUGACAUGCUAAAACACACGACAAAGAGCUAGCCUCUCUGAAAGCCACCCCAUGGGGAAGGAGGGAGGAAUUAGACGUAUGAUACCCCAUGGGGAAGAAGGAAGGAGGGAUGGUACCCCAUGGGAAAGAAGGGAGGAAUUAGACGGAUGAUACCCCAUGGGGAAGAAGGAAGGAGGGAUGGUACCCCAUGGGGAAGAAGGGAGGAAUUAGAGGGAUGACACCCCAUGGGGAAGGAGGUAGGAGGGAUGGUACCCCAUGGGGAAGAAGGGAGGAAUUAGAGGGAUGACACCCCAUGGGGAAGGAGGGAGGAAUUAGAGGGAUGAUACCCCAUGGGGAAGGAGGGAGGAAUUAGAGGGAUGAUACCCCAUGGGGAAGGAGGGAGGAAUUAGAGGGAUGAUACCCCAUGGGGAAGGAGGGAGGAAUUAGAGGGAUGAUACCCCAUGGGGAAGGAGGGAGGAAUUAGAGGGAUGAUAAAUAGACAGAUUGAAGGAAAAUGCAGAUUGAAGGAAAAUGGUUUUCCAUCUGGAGCGGUUGGGAAAAGCCUGACCAUUGUCCUUGACCACAGGGAACUUACAACCUAGAAAAAGAGGGUCGUACACAUGUAUGAAUGCUUGAGUAAACAAUGCAUGGUGAAAAAUGCAUUUCUCUUCUCCUGUGUUUAAAUAACAUUGUUUUAUUUAUGCCACUAGACACUGUACGUUGAAAUCUUGUAUUAAAAAAAAAAAGCGUUUUCACCCAA